AUGGAGCUUACACCCAGAGGUGUUCCAGACGAUCGCGCUAGAGUUCGGCCUCCCGACGUUGGACCUCUUCGCCUCCCCGGUCAACGCCAAGAUUCCGAGGUUCUUUUCGAGGUUUCAGACACAGGGCGCGGAGGACUUCGACGCCCUCAAUUGCCGCUGGCCGACCGGUCUACUCUACGCAUUCCCGCCGACCUCGCUGCUGACGCGCUUUCUGGCCAGGGUGCGGAGGGCCAGGGCGGAGGUCAUCCUGGUGGCUCCAGCAUGGCCCCGACGUCCUUGGUAUUCGGAGAUCCUCAGUCUGGCUACAGCAAGUUUUCCUCUGCCUCCCAGGCCGGACCUGCUGUCCCAGGGUCACGUUCACCACCCAGAUCCUUCCUGGCUUCAGCUUCACGCCUGGAGAUUGAGCGGUUCACGCUAACAGGCUAUGGCUAUUCGCCGGAGGUGAUUGAAUCCAUCCUAGCUUCCAGGCGCCCAUCGACCAUCAAGAUCUACGAAUACACCUUUAAGGCUUUCAAGCGAUGGUGCAAGCGGAAGAAAAAAGAUUUCUUUCGGAUAACGGUCCCUACUCUUCUCCAGUUUCUCCAAGAUGGGGUUGAUCAGGGUCUCCGACCUAACACGGUUAAAAGACAGAUCUCAGCGGUCACGUCCAUCCUUCCCCACGAUGAAGCAGCCCUUAUUUCCCAACACCCUCACAUUCGUAGGCUUCUCAAGGGAGUGUCCAACAGAUCUCCUCCGACUAUUCACCGCUUCCCGUCCUGGGACUUGCACAAGGUCCUAAAGGCAUUGACGAUUGCUCCCUUUGAGCCGUUGAGAGAGGCUUCUCUCAAGUUCCUCACUUUCAAGACAUUGUUCCUCACGGCCAUAACCUCGGCGCGCCGCGUCUCGGAGUUAGGGGCUCUGUCCGUCAGAAAGGAACUAUGCAUUUUUAGACCAGACUCAGUCAUACUACGGCCAGACCCGACCUUCAUUCCCAAGGUUAACUCGGUCUUCCACUCAUCCCAAGACAUCAUUCUUCCCUCCUUCUGCCCUCGACCGUCUGAAGAAUUAGAAAAGGUUUGGCACACCCUGGAUGUGCGUAGGUCAAUCAGAAUAUACCUAAAAAGGACUGCGAGUUUCAGAAAGUCAGAAACUUUGUUUGUCUCUUUCCACCCAAGGUCCCAGGGUAAAAAGGUGUCCCUUUCGACUUUGUCAAGGUGGAUCAGAGAGUGCAUCAGCACCUGCUACAAGGCCCUAGAUUUGGUGCCGCCACAGGGCAUCACCGCCCACUCCACCAGAAGCGCGGCCACAUCAGCUGCUCUAACUACUAAUGCCCCCCCUGGCCGAGAUCUGCAGAGCGGCCAC